AUGACUCACUAUGAACUGCCGCCUCAAGUUCUCGGUCGUCUUGACCAAAAGAAGCAGGUGACGUUCGUAAGGGCGACGUCUUCUGCUGUGAAUAAGGAAGAAUCUCCGAAUUCCCCGGCUCUGAACGCUUCCGAGUGUGGCAGCAAAGAUUACGAGGAGAUUCUCGCAGAAGCACGGAAAAGAACCGAACUUCGGACUCAUGUCAAAGAGGAGGUCAUCGAAGUUGACGACCAAGAUGUCGUUGAACCGAUUCGACUCAAAAAAACGAAAAGAAAGAAGAAAAUUAAUGUUUCAGGUUUGUAAAUUUCUUGGGAGUCGUAGACAUCUUUUGUGUAGUUUCAUGGAGUGUUCGGGACGUCAACGCCUUUCUGAAAGCAGCAAAAGACGGAGACCUCGCUGAGGUCAAGCGAUUUGUGAGUAGAGGUUGAUGAGAUAUCUGAUUUUGGAAUGUAUUUGGGUCUCCAGGAAUGCCUCCGGACGCAGCCGACUUCUACGGGUGGACGGCUGUUAUGUGCGCCAUCGCCGAAGGACAUUUCCAUCUUUGUGUGUUCGUUUGUCUAUCUUCUUAUGGGACAUAAAUUUCGAUGUAGACUGUUUCUAGCUAUCUUCUGGAGCAUGGCGCAAAUGCAGACGCGCUGGAUUCGACGGGCAGCGGAAUCGUGACGAUUGCACAGAAGGCAGGACACGAUUGGCUUGUUCGGGCGCUCAUCCGUCACUUUGAUCCGUGGUAAGUGGCUUGCGCAUAGUCUUGUACAAGUUUGUCUUUUUUUUUUUGCUUUGCCUUGCUUUUUCUAAAGCUUUUUUUGAUGAACAAUGUAUCUUUUUUUUUUGAGCCAUUUGUUCGAAUUCAAAGUUGAGAGAUUUUAGAGUCGGAGCUCGCAAACUGAAGGUGUACAGGGUUUGAAAAUGAGAUUUGCCAGAAUAGAGCCACUUUUUUUUACCGUGGCAAACGAUAAAAUCACGUCAAAUCAUAUACUUUCCGAGGAUGUCGAAAAAAGUAAUCAGAAGGAUUGUCAUUUUCCACUGUCAUUUUUCAAAAAUUCUUUUUUGUUCAAAGAAAGAGACUUAUUUUGAUGACGUCAAUGUUUAGAAACGUAGAAUGAAGGAGAGGGACGCAUACAAUACAUUUUACAGGAGGCAACACCCAAAGGAAGGGGAGCACCUCCAAGAUUUUCGAUGCGACUUGUGCGAUUUGAACUACAAGGCCGCGUCACAGAAUGAGCACCUUGCUUCGCUGUGCCAUCAGUUGAACGAACCGGGCAGCUCUCGAGCGGCUCCUCAUUCUGGAUUCGUCAUCGAUCCAAAUAACAUUGGUUCCUGGCUUGGAACUCAUUUAUAGUCAUCGGAAGAGUUCAGGUUAUCGGUUACUAAAAGCGAGCGGUUGGUCAGAAGAGAAAGGACUGGGCAGAAACUCGGAAGGAAAAAAGUUUCCUGUUAGUUUACUUUUCUACCCGGAAAUCAUCUCUUGUUCAGAUCAAAACGGUGCUGAAGAGAGAUCGGAGAGGAUUUGGCCUCGACAAACUCUCUCCUAGGGUCACACACUUCAAGCCAUAUGAUGAGGCGGCGGUCAGAAAUGAAAAGAAGUUCGAUGGAAAGUUGUUUUUUCUACUCAAUCUGUAUGCUUUCAGAAUAAUCACGUCUUGGAAAGAAGAUCUACAGAAUAGAAAGAAAAAGGAAGAUCGAAUAGCACGGGAUUUUCGAUCGUCUUUCGAGUGA